AUGCAUGCAGCGGGAGUUCGCGUCCACAGCUGGAGCCUCGUCAUGCUCCUGACGGCCACGCCCAGCCAGCCCGAGCCCCCCAAGCCCGAGUCUUUCCCCCCAGAGCCGAAAAAGGCGAAAAACGCCUCCCGUCGCGAUGCUGUCUCACAGCGCGAGGAGGUCUGGGUCGGAGCUCCCGGGCUUGGUCUUCGGAGCGGCGGCCCUCGCCGCCGCGGGCGGGGCUCGGCUCGGCAGGAGCUGGUGCGGUUGUGGGCCCCUGCGGGAGGGGGUCCUGUGAUCGAUGCCGAGCUCCGUCGUCGUCUCAGCUCGCCGGGCUCCUGA